AUGAGUCCAAAGAAGCGCAUAUUGUUGAAUAAAGACCGAAAACGCGAUAACGAAAAGCCAAAGAAGCAUAAAAGGAAUAUAGAUCAAGACCGCGAAACAAAAGAGAAGAAAAAGUAUGAGAUUAACUUUACAGGUUUGUUUCCAGGAUGGGAUUUCGUUGAGAAAGAUAGAUCCUAA